AUGAAUUCUUUCUUUGAAGAACUUGAAAGUAACAAAACCAUGGAAGACGAUGAGGAUAUCCCCGUUUUCAAAAUCGUUAUAGUCGGCGACGCCGACGUUGGAAAAACAUCACUUUUGCUUCGAUAUAUAACACAAGCAUAUCAAGAAGGCGUGCGAUCAACUAUAGGCGUCGACGUGAAAAAGAAAAUUGUUGAAGUUCAAGGCCACAAAGUCGGGUUAGCAUUUUAUGACACCGCAGGACAAGAAAAAUUCCAAAGCGUCUCGGACUCCUAUUUCAAUGGUUCCACCGCCUGUAUUGUUGUCUACGACAUCACCCGUUUGACAACAUUCAAGAACAUCGAAAAGUGGGUUGCGAUGAUCAAAAACAAAUUAUAUGACGUUCCAAUUCUCUUUGUUGGUAACAAGUCCGACAUCGAGCAACAGCGCGACGUUCGUCUUGAAGACGGCGAGAACAUGGCAAAGCGGUUCAACGCGUUUUUCAUGGAGACGUCUUGCCUCAACGGCAAUGGUGUGAACAAAGCGAUCAACAUUUUAGUCGAACACGCAGUUUCGGACAAACUUGUUCAGACACUCAAAGAGAGUCAACGCAACUCAGUGACACUCGAGAAACCCAAUGUAGUUCAAGAUAAAACCACGUGUUGUUGA